CUCUUCAGACUUGUCCGAAGUCGAUUGGCUGAACUACCGAUGUGACGCGAGGCGCGAUGCCUAUCGGAAUCCGUAGUCCAGGCGCGCUGACGCCUGAUUGUUAGCGGAAGUGGUCGCGGGGCUUGCCGGGACUUGUAGUUAGAAGCUCCUAGUUAGAAGCUCCGACUGCCAGUUGCGGCGUACACGGCCAGCCAAGGCGUCCGGUUACUAAGGAGCGGGUGGGGACGAUAGUGGCAAACACCACCGUGGAGCUGCUCCGAGAGAUCCCCGGGAAGUUCUCAGGCGCGCAUUCUGCCUGACCGGCAAGUCGCCUCCGCGAACUGUUCGGAGGCGGAAGCUACGCCAGAGACAGGUCAAGAAACAGGUCAAGAAACAAAAGAAAAAAGACUCCAAGAGGCCAUUUUCAAAGUCAAAGAUCAAGGAGAUGGCCUCCUCAGGAGUCUACAAGCUGGAUGAUGGGAAGCCUUACCUGAACAACUGCUUUCCAGCCAAAAGUCUACUUCGGACACCGGAAGAAGGGAGAGGGCAUUGGCUAGUGGCUUGGAAAGGUAACCUCAAGAAGAAGCCCCGCGGUAUGGUUGUGGCACCCUCCGAAGGUCAAGAAAGCCAGAAGAAGAUUUGUUUUGAGGUUGGGAAGAAGAAACUGUCCUAGCAGAAAACCCAAGCAGAUAUUCCUAGACACAUCCUGGAUCGUGCUUUUUUGCUAAAGCACCACUGUGUGAGGAAACCAUCAGACCUAUGCACCAUCAAUGUGAGCGGCCUGAAGUUCUCCAAGGCAAAGGAAAAAGACUUCAAGCACGUUCAUUCUGUGAUUUAUAUCAAUGCCUCAGAAAAUCUCCUGCCUCUAGAGACAUUUCAUACAUUUCCAGCCUUAAAGGAACUGGGGCUUGCAUUUAAUGGCAUCAAGACAGUCUGUGUGAAAUACGGAGACUUUAAGUUAUUGGAAUUCUUGGACCUUUCCUUCAACAGCCUGACUGCAGAGGCCAUCUAUGACCUGGAGAUUCUGCCACACCUCCGCGUCCUGCUCCUCACAGGCAAUGGGCUCACAUUCCUACCACCCAAUUUGGCUGUCACAGAACAGGAGGCAUCUGUCUCAUCGCUGACAAACAAGAGGUAUAUCCUGAGGUUCCCAGCACUGGAGACACUAAUGCUGGAUGACAACAAACUCUCCAACCCCAACUGUUUUGCCAGCCUGGCCGGGCUCAGGAGACUGAAGAAGUUAAGCCUGGAUCAAAACAGGAUUUUCUGGAUCCCGUACCUACAGCAGGUUCAGCUUCGUGAUGGGUUGGGGGACUGGGUUAGAGGCAGGGCAAGUCCUCGGAAAGAGCCCCAGUCCAUGCUGCAGCCCAGGUUGUGGAUGUGUGAGGCCUCAGAUGAUCAGCCAAACUAUACUGUUCUGCCCAUGAAAAAGGAUGUUGACCGGACAGAGGUUGUGUUCUUGUCUUACCCAGGAUUUUCAACCUCAGAGACAACCAAGGUAUGUUCACUUCCUCCUAUAUUUGAGAUUCUUCCUGUGAAGUCACUGAAGGCCAGGAACCAGACAUUGGCCCCUCCUUUCCCAGAGCUGAGGUACCUCAGCCUGGCCUACAACAAGAUUGCAAAGGAGGAUGCUCUCCUGCCAGUAGCUCUCUUUCCAUCCCUCUGUGAGCUCGUCUUUCAUAACAAUCCUCUGGUGACUCAUACACGAGGGGUUGCUCCACUGCUAAAAAGCUUCCUCCAGGAGCGACUGGGGAUCCACUUAAUUCGAAGGAAAGUAGUAAAGGCUAAGCAUCGUAUUUUGAUACCUCAGAAGGAAUCACAGAAGGUGAAAACACAAGGCCCCAAGGUGCCGAAGCAGCCUCUGUUGCUCCAUCACCCACCUUUGACCACAAUCCGGUCUCCCUCCUGGGAUCUGUUAGAAGCAGAGGCAGGCCUGGCUGAAGAGCUGCCCCCUGUCAGAAGCACUUCUUUGGAGACACAUCCACACAUCAAGGGCCCAGAAGGCCUUAACCUGUCCAGUAAGAGCUUUGUGCCACUGCCUGCUAUCAGCUCUGACUCCACUGUGCAUAGUGAAGAGACCACGUCCCACCCGGGCAACACAGCUGGCUGCCUCAGCCCAGGGCCCCGAUCAGAUGAGGACACCAAGAGCACAGAGUAUAUCUUCUUGACCCAGGUGAGUGAGCUGCCUUCCUCCAUCACCUGUGUGGGUGAUUUAGAGGUAAAGGAGAAAGACCAAAGGAGACUAGUGACAGCACCUUCCAAGGUGAAGAAGACUAAGAGGAAGCUCCCAUCUUCCUCCAUCCCCACCAAGUACCAUGGAUAUGAGGAGCUGCUGACAACCAGACCCGAUCCAGCCUUUGUUGAGCCAAAAGGCAUCCAGAAGAAUGCACAAGCCCUGCAGCAGAUGCUCAAGCACCCCCUCAUCUACCACUCCUCCAAGCCCAAGCUGGACUCUUUUCAGAAACACUAUGUCCCCAAGGAGAAGAAGGUCCCGAGGAUUCUUGUUCCACCCCCACCAAAGACCCGAGCCCAGCUGCUGGAUGACACCCUCAUUCGCAUGCGGGAUCCCCACAUUACAGAGGCUCCAUUAGGUUCCGUGCUGCGCCAGCAGGCAGAGCCGCGGUUAAUGAACCGUAAGCAGUACCUGGAGGCCAAGCGGCUGCUCAAGGAGUUCCAGGAGCGCUACCGGCGGCUGGUGCGCGGCUCUCUGCGGACUGUGUUCGGGGCCACCCCAGCGCCUCCAGCUCUGCCGGCGCCCAGCGAGAGCCCACCCAAGUUUGGCCGCUUCCUCGAGCUCAUGGACGAGUUCUGCCAGGAGCCCACAUCCAGUGACUCAAAAACCUAGGGCUGUGCGUGGGUCAUGUGUGCUGCCUGGCCAGCGGCCCCGUCCUCCCUGAGGCCUCUGCACCCCUGAACGUGCCUCUGCCCGGCUGGGGCCUAACUUGGGCCUCCGAGCUUGCCUUGACCUUGCUUGCUGGUCACAGAGUGAGGAGCUCGUCAGGACCUCACACUGGCCCAGCAGCAAUAAAGAGUGGGUACACAGAGCCGCUGAGUGGGCGCCAGACAUUCUUCCUUGAACGCCAGGCCAGGAGCACAGCAACAUUGUCACACUGGGGAGAAGUCCUUGCUGGUGUAUUCACCUCAAAGGUCCUGUGGGAAACUCACUGGAGUCAUGCAUAAACAGCUGUGCUUUUUCCAUCGUAAUGAGGAAGAGGAGAUUGAGUGUUCCCUUAUCAGACAGCCACAGUCACAAAGGUGGGGCAAGUAGGGAGGGUUUAUAUGGAGUUUCCCAGGGUCCUUCUGUGAUCCAAGACACAAGCUAAAGAUACAGAAGCAAACACAGAAGGCCAUGGCUCCAAAACACACCUUGCGGCUGUGCAAAGUCACAGGGGCUUCCAGAAAGUAAAUAGUUCUGACAGUAGGCUGUAGGGUUGCCCCAUGCUUGAUGUAUGAUUAGUAGGCAGCAGCACAUAUGGAUUCCAGGGAUGAUGCUGGGUAUGACCUAGUCGUGUGAGCAACCCUUUCUCCUCUCCUGAGGAUGCCUGUAAUUCAGACCUUGGUAGCAGGCCUGCAGUUCCCAGGGUCUAGGAAGUAGUAGCUCAAGAAUUAAGGAUCCUCAGCAAGGUACAUCCCCACAACCUAAACUGUAACUAAAUAUUUGCAUACUAUUGUACUCAACUGCAGUUUCACAAGUGGCCAGUUAAAUUUUUAUACUCAGCUUGGGCACCCCCCACACAUGUAUACACACACACAUAUUCAUCAUCACAGCAUGCUAUACAGGUCACACCGAGUGACAAAAGGUAUGACUCUGUUGAUACAGGCACCUGAACAGAUGUAGGUAAUAUAUUGUAACCCACAACAGCAGUCAUAUGCACAGGAAUGUUGCUCACCAACUUGAAUUUCCUGGGCCCCUAAACUACCCUCCCCACUGUCACGCUCACCAGGUUCCAGUUCUGACAGCUACCUGGAUUGUGCUUUCAGCCAUAAAUUCUAUCAAACCAUAGGCUCCCAGAUCUCCAAGGCUCCUGGGCAUGUCCAUCCCAAUCUCAAGGAAGGCAGCUUCUUGCCACCUCCCUAGUAGUUGAGAUACUGUGUGCACAUCUAGUGACUGGGAGCUUGUUCCCUCCAAAGGCUGUCCUUUCCUUUGUUGGAAAAGCUGUUGGACAGUUCAAGCCAUUGAGUUGUUCUGCCUAUGUGCCUCAGUGGUCCCAGUUAUGCUUUUUCAGCCAAAAGUAUAUCUGCUGUCUGCCCACCCAAGUCAACCCUUCAUUAAUGUCAGAGUAUCCUGAAGGGGGACACUUGGGCCAAACACUACUUUCUUAGUUAAGGAUAAAUAAAUUGGUUGCUUCUCCUAGACUUGCGGAGAUUCCGCUGCUCAUUCUAAAUUUCUGAUCUAAGCUUUCUUAUCAUGGAGCUAUAGAGAAUGGUAGAUUUUGUGCUCCUUUUCCCUCACCCAUAACCAAAUGCUAUCAGUAAAGGACUGCCAAGAAGGAAGCCAGUACCCAGUGACUGCCCCUUCUCUAGGAAGAUCUGACAAGACCACAUGGUGCUGUUUCUUACUCACCUUUCAGCUGCAGUUCAGGUGUCCUUUAGUCUUUCCAAACUGAACCGUUUUCCUAGUCAUGGAUCCAAGACACCAGUGAGCACCUUAGGAGUCAGAUGUGGCCAGAAGAAAGGUGAUGUGAUGCAAAUUGUGCCUCACAUCCCUGCUGCCUUAGGAUGCCUCCCUCCCCUACAAGUGGGUACAGAGGGAAAACUGUGGUCUCUAUCCCUGCCAGUCCCAGCCGACAGCAGGGUGGGGUGUAUGGGUGUCUAUCCCAGAAGACAAUUGGAAGGCUAGUUGUAGAGUGGGAUCACCCUAAGGUUGGUUUAGGCCAAGGUAGCAGAAAAAGCAAUUAGCAGCUUUGGAAUCAGAAGCUUCUAGACUAUGAAAAACUGUCUGGUCCAUCUGUAAAUGAGGACCACACCACCCAUCAUACCUAGCUAUGAGGGAUUUAAUGAGUGGCACACAGAGUAGUUAGUUUAGGGACUGAGAGACAACCAAGUACCGUUCUCUCAUUUCCAACUAGUUGCACUGUUCAUUUUAGCCAGCCUUCUUUUGAAGGUCUUGGGCCAGAUUAUUUCAAAGGUCUCUCAAGUGCUAGUUUACCAUGUAUGACAUUUACUCCUAACAAUCUUCCAAAUUAAUUUCCCAAGUUUAGAUAGAAAAAAGAUACAUGCUGAGUAUUUUGAAUUCCUAAACAAUUGUUCCCAAAAAAGGACAUUUACAAAAAUCAGAUUUCUAAGUACAGCCCUAAUGUGCAAGGGACAGUGUCAUCCAUAUUCAUUCUUUACUCAAAUUUUCUUGGUGCCUCUAUUAGGAAUAUGAAUAUAAGGAUGACAGUAAACUGUAGAUAACUUACAUUAAAAGAUGUAAUUGUACACUGUGUAUAUAAAUUCUAUCCCACUUCCUAAUAUCUCCCACCAUUCUGAAGGCCAAAGAAGGUCAUUCGAAGGUAUUCCCCAGCAUAAAGAUAGCACUAAAAGUCAAACAACACACAGUCUAAGCUUAUCCCAUGUUUGUCUGAGACUGUUCUUUAGAGACAAGAAUUUGUUUAGAAACAACAUUUUCUUUCAUGAAUUUGCUUUACUGUAUUCUCAACUUGGGCCUUGCCUCAAGCAGGCAAAUACACAUUGAAGAAUGCACUUUGGUACUGUAAAUAAACAACACAUCAUCCCA